UUCCCCAGAUUCAGCGAGGGCAAAAAGAUGAGACGCUUGCUAUAACUGCAGAAUCCCAAUAAUAGUUAAGGCUCUUUAUUCCCAGGUGUAUGGAAGUUUAUUUUUAAGUGUGCUGAGUAAUUCUUUAACUGUCCGAAAUCAGAACAGACCGAUCCCACAAACGACAACUUGAUUUGUACCCAUUUCUAGAAAAGCUCCGGCUCUUUUGCGGUCAGUCUGAGGGUAGGUCCUGCGCCAAUCCGGUUCCCAAACCUGUCAUACUGGGGUAAAUAGCUUCACUGUUCACGACCGGCUCGACCAGUAGACCAAGCUCGGGCUGCCAUUCCUCGGGGGACUAGAGGUGGCAAACCGGUAAAACAAGCAAAGACAGUGGGAGACAAGAAAAGGACAGGAGCUGAUUCGAUCCGAGCCGAGUCGAGUCGCCGCUCCGUGCUGGUCCAGCGCCGCAGCCCGCCACGCGUUUCCGGUGCCCCGAGUCCAUCCAUCCAUCCAGCCGUGCAAUGUGCGACCUGCUGCCAGCCGCCGUGUUGCUCGUCGCAAUCUAUGCGCUUUACGCUCUGAUCACCGAAACCUUCUUCCGGAGGUCAGUGUGCGUGAGCGGCGCGGCCAUGCCUGGCAGGACGGUCAUCAUCACAGGGGGAAACACCGGCAUCGGAAAAGCCACAGCCAAGGAGCUGGCGAGGAGGGGAGCCAGGGUAAUCCUGGCCUGCCGCAACCAGGAGAGGGCCGAAGCUGCGAUCCGAGACGUCGAGCGGGAAACUGGUAGCAACCAGGUAGUGUACCUGCAGCUGGACCUGGGCAGCCUACAGUCCGUUCGAUCCUUCGCAGACACCUUCUUGAAGACGGAGCCCAGGCUCGACCUGCUCAUUAACAACGCUGGUCUGGUGGCAGACGGGCGCACAAAGGAUGGCUUCGGGGUCGAGUUCGGGGUGAACCACCUGGGACACUUCCUGCUCACCUGCCUGCUUCUGGAGAGGUUGAAGGAGGGGGCGGGCGGCCGUGUGAUCACGCUGUCCUCCGUUGCCCACCGCUGGGGCCGCGUCGACUUCGACGAGCUCCUGGCCACCAAGGACCUGGGCUCCGGUCGUUACAGCUGGCAGUUCUUCCAGGCGUACUGCAACAGCAAGCUGUGCAACGUGCUGUUCACGCGCGAGCUGGCCAGGAGGCUGCGCGGGACCACUGUCUCCUGCUACAGCGUUCACCCCGGCAUCGUGAGGACGGAGCUGUCUCGCCACGUCAGCCUGUGGCAGAAGGUGUUCAUUGAGCCCGUGUCCCGCCUCUUCUUUCUGGACCCGGAGGAGGGGGCCCAGACUACGUUGCACUGCGCACUCCAGGAGGGCCUCGAGCCCCUCAGCGGACAGUACUUCACUUGCUGCCUGCCUCAGGAGCUGGGCGCCCAUGCCAGGAACGACGCCGUGGCCAGGAAACUGUGGGAGGUCAGCGAGAGGCUGAGUGGCCUGUCCUGAAAGCUCCGCCCCCUGGCACUGUCACACCCCCCCCCCCCCCAGCACCUGGAUGGCAGUAGAGGACCAUGCACACACACAAAUGAGGAUUUUUGUUUUCUGGCUAUUUAAAUGGUGGCUCCUUUGCAUGAACAUUGGCCCGAAUUCCGGACACGGUGAUGACAACGUUCGCUGCCGCUCUUUGCCGAGACCUGUGUUCAGGGGAGCCUCCUGAACUCCCCGACCGCUUCGUAUAUCCUGAAUAAGACACGGACCUGUGAUAUCGGUAUAUGUAAAUCUCACGAACCUGAAUUCUGCUUCACAGCAAUAAACAAGUGCAAAGCAU